GCGCGGUCCCUGACCGCGAUCGAGCGUUCGCAUCUUAUGGUCUUAGCCAACGGACACCCUGCUUGCUGCUGCUAGUAGUCGACAUCUUGCUGCAGAAGUGAACGGAUCGCGUACCUCGUCGUUUGCGUUUGCGUUUGCGUUUUCGCUGGCCCUCUCGUGCUCUAGCUCAGAGAGUGUGGUUGAGCAUAGGAUCUAACGGCCAUCUUACGGUAAUCGUGAUCUCUUCGUGUGCGAGAAGUAUAGUGACCAGUGGCGCGCGUACGAAGAAUUCCCGCUACCUACUUUAACUGUGGCUCUCGGUGGCUGCUCGGUGGACCGCUCGGUACCGUGCUUAUAACGGGUAUUCUGUAAGGAAUUCUGGGUGGCCUAGAAAGACCCUUCCACCUGGAUAGUACGCGUGGAAAUUUGGCCGAAAAUAUAUCUAGUUCGUCCUACUCAACCGGCGAUCGGUGCUGUUUUCAAAUGUUCCUGUGACAACCGUCGGCCACAGCCCUGCAACCCUCGAUGACGCCAGUCUUAAUUACACCCCCGGUAGGGGGACGGCAGCGCCACUGGCUGCUGCUGGUGCUACUCGCGUGCCUAGUAGCUUCCGUUUCGUGUGCGGCGUGGCGGCCCUGCGCAGACCUGGAUGCGUUGCUGAAAAUACCGUGCCGGUGUAACAUUGAAACGGCGGGAAACAACAGCCAGUACGUGUUUGUGAAUGUGAACUGCGAUCGAACCACGCUAACGGCGCCCUUCCCGGCGGGCAUACCGAUCAUUUCGUUUUCCCAGCGCAAUAAUGGCCACCAGCUGCUGCCGGAUUUGGCCAUUCUCAAUGCGCCCGUCCGGAAGCUCGAUUUCUCUAGCAACGCGAUUCGUUCGUUCGGCACCAAAGCACUGUUUGCCAGCGUGGCCGAGCAUCUGACCGAGCUCCGGCUUGCCAGCAACCUGCUCGGUGACAAUCUGAAUCCCAUCUUCUCCACCGACGUCCUGCAGUCGCUGACCGGGCUCAAGGUGCUCGAUCUCUCCGGCAACCACAUCAUUGCGCUCGAGGAAAGCAUCUUUGAUGGUAACCGGCGGCUUACGGAGCUGUACCUUGAUCGGAACAAGAUCACCACGGUACCGGUGGCAGCCAUGAAGCAACUGACCACGCUCAAGCUACUGUCCUUACGCAGCAAUCGGAUCGAUUCGCUCGAACCGGAAGCGUUCAAUUUCGCGAACAAACUCGAACGGCUCGAUCUGCGCAACAACCGAAUUCGCAGCCUGAAAUCGAAGGCCUUCGCCAAUCUGGCCAGCAUGAAGGAGGUAUUGCUGGCGGGCAAUCAGCUAAGCCACGUCGACGAGCGUGCCCUGGCGGGGAUGGAUGCGCUCCAGAAGCUCGACAUUUCCGACAAUCUGCUGACGGAGUUCCCAUCGGAGGCGCUCGGUUCGGUCGUAUCGCUGAAGGUGCUCAACAUCUCGCUCAACAACAUCGGGCGACUGGAUUCGAACCAGCUGAGUCAGCUACGGAACCUGCAGAUUCUGGAUAUGAGCCGUAACACGAUCGCCACCAUUCUGCCGGGCACGUUCCGGGAGCAGCUGUUGCUAAAGUACCUUGACCUGAGCUUAAACUCUCUGCGGACGAUUGAGGAUGACGCGUUCGAGGGGUUGGACAACCUGCAAACGCUAAUCCUGCGGGACAACAAUAUCCUUUUCAUCCCGGGCAGCGCGUUGGGCCGCUUGCCGAAGCUGUCGAAUCUGUACCUCGACUUUAACCGUGUGGCCGCCCUGUCGGCUAGCAUUCUGAAGUCGAUACAGCCCGAAAACAUCCGCUACCUGUCGCUAUCUCGCAACGUGAUCCGCGAGCUGCCUGGUGACAGUUUUGCCGCCUUCCGGAAGCUCAUCUACCUCGAUCUAUCCGGCAACAGUUUGGGCGUAAUCAGUGAGGACACGUUCAAGGGACUCGAGGGAACGCUGCUCGAGAUCAAGCUCUCGUUCAAUCGAAUCGCUUCCCUGCGCAAGAUCGGCCUACCGAAGCUGCGCCGACUCGAUCUGAGCGCGAACAGCAUCGACGAUCUGGCGAUCGAUUCGUUCCACAGUUUGGCCAACCUGCUCUACCUGAACGUGAGCGGCAACGAGCACAUUGGACAGAUAACGCGCACCAUGAUCUAUCCGCUGACGAAGCUGCAAGUGAUCGACAUCAGCCACUGUGGCCUGAAGGGCAUCCAGGCCGAUCUGUUCCACAACAAUUCCGAUCUGCGGAUCGUGCUGCUGAACGACAAUCAGCUCCGGGUGAUCGAGGAGGGUACGUUCCUGAAUCUAAACAACCUCUUCGAACUGUCGCUCGCCGGUAAUGGGAUCGAGCAGCUAAAGCCACGAUCGUUCGUUAACACGGUCAACCUGAGAACACUAAACCUGCGCCGCAAUGCACUGCAGGAGCUGCGAGCCGACAUGUUCACUACGGAGACCGCACUCGAGCUGCUCGAUGUGACCGAUAAUGCGCUCAAGAGCUUCUCACCCGACACGCUGAAGAUCCAUCCACGGUUACGCCGGGUGCUGCUCGCAAAUAACCGGCUCGAAGUGUUCCCGCCCGAGCUGAUCGCCGGGCUCGACUAUCUGGAGGUGAUCGAUUUGUCCGGUAACCAUUUGGCCACGAUCCAGCAGCUCGACUUUGGCCGAUUGGUGAACCUGCGCGAGCUGUAUCUGCGCGAGAACGUGAUCGAUUCGGUGCAGGACAUGGCCUUCCACAAUUCGUCCCAGCUGCAGAUCGUCGAUCUGAGUGGUAACAAGCUAGACCGGCUAUCAGAGCGCUCGUUCGAGGGUACGCUCCGGUUGGAGCGACUCGAUCUCAGUGAUAACAAGCUGUCCUCGCUGCCGGAUCAGGUGCUAGCGCGCAGUCGUGUGCAGCGUCUCGAGCAGAUCAUGCUCGCCGGCAACAAACUGUCCACGGUGCCGGUCGGUGCGUUCGGGGAUCAGCACGAUUCCCUGCAGACGCUCGAUCUGAGCCGGAAUGCGAUCAGGGAGGUACCACGCGCGAGCCAUAUGCUCAUGAUCAACGCUAAGCAGCUCGAUUUGUCCUACAAUCCCCUGUCACCGGAAGCGAUCGCUACCGUGCUGGGACAACCGAAGACGGUGCGUCACCUCAACCUAGCCGGUACGGGUGUACGGGAGCUACCGAUCCUUGAGACGCCCUAUUUGCGUGCCCUAAAUCUCUCGCACAACAACAUUUCGGCCGUCAGUGGUAAGGCGUUCGAGAAGGUGACGCUACUCGAGCGACUCGAUCUGUCGCACAAUGCCAUCGGUGAUGCGGACGGGUUGCGCGAGAUUUGGCCAAAGCUGGGCCUGCUGGCGUACCUGGAUCUAUCGAGCAACCCGAUCCGUGCGAUCACCGCACAUACGUUCGAACGACUAGAUGGCCUCAUGGAGCUCUACAUCCGCCAGCUGCCCGAACUGACGCGCCUCGAGAAGAAUGCCUUCAAACCGCUCAAGGAUCUGGCCGUACUCGAGGCGUUCCAGUACGCUAAGCUUGGUUAUCUCGAUGUGCAGGGUAUCGUGCAGGAGCUGCCCACGCUGGCAGCGAUCGAUAUCGAAGCGAAGGAUGCCAAUCUGGAGUCCGAUCAGCUGCAGGUGAUCCAUCAUCCGAAACUGCAUACGCUCGGUUUGCAUGGGUAUGCCCUGCAAAGCAUAUCAUCGGGUGCGUUCGCUGGACUGCGCAAUAAGUAUCUGACCGUGCGGCUACACAACACAUCUCUUACGGCUCUGCCACCGGCGCUGUUGCUUCCGUUGCCACGCUCGGCGCAGAUCGAUUUCAGUAUUGCCGGUUCGAAGGUCGGCACACUGACGCAACCAUUCCUCAGUUCCCUCGAUGAUCGCAAGAACAGCAUCAAGAUCGAGGGGCUUGCCACGAAUCCAGUCAACUGUGACUGUCAGGCACGUGCCUUCCGGCGCUGGAUCCUAGCGGCGAAGGUUAGCGAUGUACGGUGCGCCAGCCCGGCAUCGCUCAGUGGCAAGCUGCUCACGGAAGUCGGUGACAUCGAGCUGGUGUGCGACAACCGGCAGAAAGCGGGAGGCGUCGGUGGCACAUCUUCAACCAGUGCCGGUACCACAACGGUCGCUACGACAACCGGAGGCCGGACGACACCGACGAUCAGCUUCUAUAAUUACACCUCCGAGGUACAGAUGACCAGAUCGACGACGGAACACGAUAUCAUCUGGAGCAUGUCGCCAGCGUCUACCACCACCGGUCGAACGAAGGGUUCCAAAUCCAAGAUUGCUUCGGCCGCGGUGCCACCGCUGAAAAAGAUGCCGGGCGCGAACGAUGAUACGCUCAUCAUCGGUAUCGUUGGUGGGGUCGUGGUGUUCAUCUUUCUGCUCAUCAUUUGUAUCUGCAUCUGCCGGUUGAAGAUGAACAACGAUAGCUAUCACCAUCACCAGCAGCAUCGUGGGGGCCCACCGAUGGCGAUGGGCAUUGGGCCGGGCGGUCAUCCGGCCGGUACGCUGCAGGUGAACUACAAGGGUGGCAAGGGGCAAGGUGGUGCUGCCUCCGCUGCAGCGCUUUAUCCUACCCUUGCACCACCGUACGCCCAAAGCUACGCCACGUUGCCUUACAAACCGAACGGAUCACCGACUCAGCCACGGCCAAAUUAUUCGACCAUCGGUCGGAUACCAUACCAAUAUCAGAAUCAUUCGCUUAUGAGCCACCAUCAGCAGUCCUCAGGACCCGGUACCCUGACACACUCGUCCCACAAUCCGUACAUCGUCUAUCAGGACGAUAAGGCUUACCGAUGAUGAUGAGGCAGGUGAGACGGAGGAAACACGAAGAGAGCGGAUGGGAUGCUAGCAAGGCCGAUGAUUGGUAAAGUGCCUGAUGGUCCUGCUGCUCGUGCUGCCGCUGCUGCUGAUGAUUGUUAAAGAGUGAAAGCGUGAUUGAAUGUCCGUGUCGUCCAUGUGUCUGCUACGUUGAACGAGCAUGUCUGUGUAUAUGUACGUACGUGUGUAUGUGUCUGUGCAUGUGUGUGUGUGUGUGUGGUUUUAAUUAAUGUUCAUUGUUGUUUAGCCCUCGCGCUACCUCUAUCUACCAUGCGAGAGGAACCAGGCGGACGAUACGAGACAUCCUAGUGAAAGUCCUCCCAGCUCCCCGCACUACUACUUUGGACUUUAUCGAUGACUUUCUUUGGAACUAGACUUUAAAAUGCAUUCUUGCCCGGUGUCCCUGUAAACGCUGAGGACAAAAUUGAAAUUUCAUUCAUUAAAACAAAAAAAAAACAAUGUUGAAUACAUGGCGUUCUCCAUGUUUAGUCCUCCUCACUAGUUCUUUUGAUCCCAUAUCCUACCUGUAACAAAAUGCUCAAACUAGAUCUAAAGAAUGCGAGGAACUAGGGUAACGGCGGUGUAAUAAGUGUAUGAUUUUCACUUUCCGCCACCUCUGGCUGGUGGAUGGUGCUAAUGCCUGUAUUCAGAUCGAGUCCGGUCCACCUGCCGGUGGGUUGUUCGGGUGUCGGCCACAUUUCGCUCAAGCCGGACUGAACUGGGAGAAAUCUGGUAUAGGGGAAAUAGGAACGCCAGAGCAGACGAAUUAAUUGUAGAAGUAGUGUUAGUGAACUAAAUGAAAUAAUAAACAUUAAUGUU